GACGGACAGACAGCCAUGGUGGCUGCUGCCUUCACGGACCUCCUCCUCUUCCUCCUCCUCCUCCUCCUCCUCCACCCGCACUGAAUCACGGAAAAACCCCAGGAUGAAGCGUCUGUCGCUGCUCUGCUCUGAACCGCUCUUCUCUGGUGCAGCAGUAUAGUUAUGGUGUAUGCCCAGUCAUCAAACACAGUUGGUGUCAAUCCCUCCCUUUACUCUCCAUCUUUCAUGUAUCAGAUGUCAUUUAACUACUCUGAGAGGGAAAACUCGACUGUCCUGGCAACCUUACCCACAACUCCCCUCUGCAGCCUCGAGGACUCGUCCUCUGGCCAGCCGAACAGGACCUCUGUCUCCUAUGAGCUGACUUCAGGCGAGGUCGCCGUCCUGGGCUUGGUGUUCGGGGUUCUCUGGCUGGUCUCCAUCCUGGGAAAUGCCCUCGUCUGCCUGGUCAUCCACCGGAGCCGACGGACUCAGUCCACCACCAACUACUUUGUGGUGUCUAUGGCCUGUGCAGACCUGCUCAUGAGCCUGGGUUGCGCCCCCUUCGUCCUCCUGCAGGUCGCCUCGGGACGAUGGCCGCUGAGCGCCGCUGCCUGCAAGGCUGUGCGCUACCUGCAGCACCUCUGCCCUGGUGUGCAGGUCUGUGUCCUGCUUUCCAUCUCUGUAGACCGCUUCUAUACAAUCGUCUACCCCCUCAGCUUCAAGGUGUCCAGAGAGAAGGCGAAGAAGAUGAUCCUGGCCUCGUGGCUGUUUGAUGCAGCCUUCGUGACACCCUGCCUCUUCUUCUAUGGAUCCACAUCUACAGGCAGCAGCCAUUGUGACUUUUUCCUUCCAGACAGCUGGGGUAGUAUAGCCUACGCCGCAGUUCACCUCCUGUUCGGUUUUUUGGUCCCAGUGGCGCUGAUCGUGUCAUUCUACCAGCGGGUGGUCCGCUACAUCUGGAGGAUCAGUGCUGAUGGACACACGGUGCGCCGGACAAUGAACAUCGUCCCACGGACUAAAGUCAAGACCAUCAAGAUGUUCCUCAUGCUCAAUUCAGUUUUCUUCCUCACUUGGACGCCCUUCUACAUCGCCCAGCUGUGGCACCCGAGGGAGUCUGAUGGACCCAGUAGGCAGGGGCUGCUGUUCUUCACGGCCAUCGCCUGGGUUUCCUUCAGCUCCACAGCGUCCAAGCCAACCCUGUACUCUGUCUUCAAUGCAAACUUCAGAAGGGGCAUGAGGGAGACCUUCUGCAUGUCAUCCAUGAAAUGCUACCGCAGUAAUGCGUACACCAUCACGGCAAGCUCUCGGAUGGCCAAAAGGAACUAUAUUGGGGUGGUGGACAUCCCAGUGCAAGCAAAGACGGUCACCAAGGACUCAGUUUAUGAUACAUUUGACCGAGAAGCAAAGGAAAAGAAGGUAGCCUGGCCCACUAAUGCCAACCCUCCAAAUACUUUUGUCUAAGUGAGUUUGGACGGUUUUGAACCUGUGAACAUACAAAAAUGAACUAGUCUCAAACUUUAUUCUUCAACAGCACAACGUCAGUGUUGGCAGGUGAGCUCGCUAGGGACUAGCAUGCUAGCCCUGUAUUCAACUAAGACAAAAACUCACAGAAUGUGUUAUGUUUGUAUAAAGGGCUUUUUUUCCUGAUGUAACACACCUUCUGGCAGCCAUAUUGGAGGUUCUCAACAGCUGUGAACAGCUAGCUGUUUUUAUACUUCAGAUUUUAAUCAUAAUUUAUUUCUGUGCUGUGUUUUGAUGGAUUGCUUUGUCAUUGAUGCAUCAGAUUUUGUGUUUUGAUAAUGUCAGCUUGUUAGCUAGCUAACAGUCUGUGGCCAUCUAUCAGUGACCUGUUGUAAAUGAAUCUGAUUUGCUGCAGUAAUGUAUGUGGUAGAAACUGACAUUAGUAGUGGCUACUAGCCGUAUGUUGACAUUGACAUUAUCUGCUUUGCUACAUUAAGAGUAAUGGUGAGUUGGCUAGCUAACAAAGCCCUUAAUCUAUAGUUUGUCAAGGUUAACUGAGCUGACUCAUCUCAAAGUAAAACAGUGUUGUCUAAUUAAGAGUAAUGGAGACUGCGGAGUUGCAAAGUGGGAGGAGGUAGUUUUCAGGGUUUCAGAAGUAAAAGUCACUGUAAUUUUUUACAAAGACAAUGUCAGGUGAGUGUUUCCAAGGCUAAAAACAACAAAACAACUGUGUUAGAAAAUAUCUGGUUCUUUGAUAAAAAGUCAAAUGAAGAUUGUUGUGUGUUCUGCUAACAGAGAGCUGAAGAUAAAGAUUGUAGCUAAAGCUAAUUAUACUUUGUAGAAAUCUGAUAAAACAUUCAACAGUUUAAAUCAAUUCAAUUUCAAAUUCUGGAUCAGUUUUGGAUGAAUUCGGCAACUACAUAUAUGGCUAAAACAUGAUUCAGCAAACCCUGCAAUAUAUUCAAUGACAACAGUUUUUUUUACCUCCAGUGCGUACUUUUCAAAAUUCUUACUUACUACAAUAUCUGCGCAAGGGUAGGAAAACAUUGUGGUUAUGGGAAAUAAACUAUGGUUAAAGUAUGGUUAGGAUUAGGCAACUAAAACACUUGGUUAAAGUUUAGGGAAGAUUGGGGUUUAUAAAAAAGCAAACAUGAAUUGAUGGUCUGUGACAGGACGUGAACUCUGGUCUCCUGUCAGACACCCACCAUCUUGAUCCCCAGUACUACUACUUACUUAAUAUUGGCAUUGGACGUAAAUUGUGAGGUCCAAUAUGGACGUAAUUUCUUGAGUAAUGGGCUGGAAGCAAAGUUGAAAAUACCUCCCACCUUGCAACUCAAUAGACAGCAGAAGUCCUGCAGCUAGAUGCUGCUGAAUACUGUAUUUUUCCAGAAGUUUUCUUUCAUUUCAUGAAAAGCUGAAUGACAGCUGUUUUUGAAACUAAUUGCUCUUUAACAUAUCCAUCAAAUUAAAUAGGUAUCUAUCUGCAAAUAGAUCAUGCAGUUGAUGAAUUAUGCUUCGACUUAUAUCUAAUUUUUCUCCCCCUGCGCUGUAAGGACUUCUCGACUGUGUUGGCUUAAAAGUUCUAAGUUCAUUCUUGACCUUGGAAACAGUAGCUGAUAAAAAAAAUAAAUAAUUUCCCCGUAAAAAAGGUCAAUUUAUUAAUUAUUUAUUUAGUAUUUAUGCUGUUUCCAAGUAUUUGUUGUUUUUGAACCUAUGCUUCUAAGCCAACAUGGACUGUAGGAGUCCUUACAGUGCUCAGAGCAUAGCUAGCUAGCUAGCUCGCUCGCUAUGUAAAUGCUAGCCACAUUUAUGACAAAAUAGCAACAGAAAAAUGGCCAAAAAGUUAAAUCUUUGUUAGAAAUGUAUUGAUAAGGGUUCUCAUCAAGUAAAUAGACCAUUUAUAGGGAGCCUUGAAGUCUUGAAUGUUUUUUAAUCUUGUGUGCACACGAUUAAAAAAUAUUAAAAUUUGGGACUUUGGGGCUCAGUACACGUAAGUUAGCAUACUCCAGUACAAAGUUUCAGCUAACAAUGAAAGAAAACAGCUUUGCAAAAAUACAUUGUGAAACAGGCUGAUCGAUCAGAAGCUAGCCCGAAAGUGUGGUGGGAUUUUGGCUCUUUGCAGACGACAGAUGACUGUCAGAGUAAAACAAACUUGGUCAAAUUAUUAACUCUCACGUUUCACUACACCACAACAAGCUUGGCCUUUUUCUAGUUUUAACAGACAUGGUCGCUGGGAGAUUUUGACACAAAACCUCUACAUAUACACCGGACCACCAGCUGAACCUCAAACACAUGUAGAUAAUAAUUAAUAAGUAUAUUAGUUUAAAGGAUUUCUCAGGUAGUGCAGUCUGCAGUCAGUGGCCUACCCUUAUUUUACAAAUGCUGACAAUGAAAAAAGACUUAGGAGAGAAUUAAUUUGUAAUAUUUGUCACACAUGAAGUUAUAUUCACUAAACUAGGGAUUAAAGACUCUGGUGCUGCGGUGCCAGUAUCUUUCAGAGCUCCAAUAACUUUGUCUGGAGAACUGUACGCUCUUUGCUAUGAUCAAAAUAGAGAUAAAUGAAUCCAUAAAUACUCACCUAGCAUUUAUGAUACUCUCUACUAUAGUAGAGUUACGGACAUUUAUAAAACUCUGCUAUGGUAGGAAUUCCACGUGGUUUUAGAUUCACCAAUUUUAGAUGAAAUUUACGAGCAUUUAUGAAACUCUACUGGGGAGUUAUUCUUCUUUUCCAUGUGGUUUCAGAUUUGUCCCCAAAUUAAAAGUAUCUUGAGAAAUGUUGCAGCUUCAGGUUUUCGAAAUCCUUCUUCAUGUUUUCUUAUUUAUUCAUCACAGUUUUGUCACAGUGUACGUGUUAACGUGCUUUACACUAGAUACUAUAGAGUCCUAAUUGUUUAAUUACUCAGCUAUAUACUUUUGAAUGUUAAUAGCAUGCUAACAUACUAACAUGGACAUACUAUGUUAACUGCUCACAGUAUGCACAUACUAACAUUAGCAUAUGCUAACAUGCUAAACAUUGCAUGCUUAAUGUCAGUAUGGUUUCUGCUUCCCAAGGACUCACAACACUCAUCAGGUACUUUGUCUGUACAUGAUCAGUUUGGGCUCCAAACGUUUUACUUUUCCAAAUGUAAUAAAGUAGAAUUGUAAAGUGGUGCAGUUCACAGCGUUCGGAGUCCUUGAGAAGCUGAAAAUCGGUUACAGUUGUUUGAACUCCUGGACAAGAAACGUGUGUCUUUUGCACAUUAAUGUCAGUAUGUUGACAUGCUAGCACUGAGACCAAACCACAGCUGAGGCUGAUGACAGUUGGGCCAAAUCUGUAGAGAUUUUUUUUAAAAUGGCCGCCGUACUGAAGAUAAACCAUUUAGAUUUAGGGAACAUGAACUUUCCUCUGCCGCCACCCGGGGGAAAGAUCUAAGAAUAGAAAAGCUGUUUGUCCGGUUUUGUUUUGUGGUGAGCAAUAAACAGACAUUUAGUCUUGUUACAUUAUUUUAAAGAAAGUGGAGGAGGUACAGUUUUCCAGACAUCAGAUUAAUGUGACUCCACACAGAAGCUGCUGCUGCACCAGAGUCUGAUCCACCUGUCCAAAGAUGAUUCUCACCUGUCUCAGCUAACACUUUACCUGCUUGUAAAAAAAAAAAACACAUCGACAUCGUGUGAUGAAACGUCUUUGAAUCUUUCUGUAAACUGUCAGCUAUACUGUGAUUUGAAGGUCCAUGCUUUAUCCUUAAAAUGAAUUCAGUUAUAACAUGAGAUGCAUAUACAUUACCAAUGUUUUGAAGUGUGUCAAGAUAAUGUGCUAUGUACAAAUAAAUUAUUCUUUUAUCAUUUUAAAUAAAUUUAGAAAAUCAGCAAAAAGCAAAGACA